AUGGAUUCACUUCUCUUCGAAGAUUUUGGUCAGAAGGUUGAUUUGACGCGACGGCGGGAGGUUUUACUGAACUACCCGGAAGGAACCACCGUGCUCAAGGAGCUCAUACAGAACGCUGACGACGCGGGAGCUACACGUGUCCGCCUCUGCCUUGAUCGCAAGGGUCACGGUUCGGAUUCUCUGUUAUCGGACUCUUUGGCUCAGUGGCAGGGUCCGUCUCUGUUGGCUUAUAAUGAUGCUAUUUUCACUGAGGAGGAUUUCGUUAGUAUCUCGAGGAUUGGUGGGAGUGGGAAGCAUGGUCAGGCUUGGAAGACUGGUCGAUUUGGGGUUGGGUUCAAUUCAGUGUACCAUUUGACUGAUAUACCUUCCUUUGUGAGUGGCAAGUACGUGGUGUUGUUUGAUCCUCAGGGUGCUUAUCUUCCUAAUAUCUCAGCAGCAAACCCAGGGAAGAGAAUUGAUUUCGUUGGCUCUUCAGCAUUGUCUCACUAUGAGGAUCAGUUUCGUCCUUACUGUGCCUUUGGAUGUGACAUGAAAACUCCUUUUAAUGGUACUUUGUUUCGUUUCCCUUUGAGGAGUUCAGGGCAGGCAGCGUCUAGUAGGCUUUCGAGGCAAGCGUAUUUUGAAGACGACAUUUCUUUGAUGUUUGAUCAACUCUUCGAGGAAGGGGUUUUCUCGUUGCUUUUUCUUAAAUGUGUUUUGUCUAUUGAGAUGUACACAUGGGAUGCUGGAGAUCCAGAGCCUAAGAAGCUUUAUUCAUGUUCAUGCUUAAGGUUAAAACUAAUGUGUAAGAUUGAUUGGAUUUGUUUUCUUUUGUCACCUGCAGCCUGUGAAUGA